AUUCCUUCUGAUAUCUUGGAGGCUUCCUGGGGGCCCAAAUGGAUGAGCAAGACUCAGCUGGCCCAGAAGUAGGAAGAGGCCAUGCCAUCAACCCUGGGAGCAGUGGGGGAUUCUGGGGAAACUCUGUGCAUAAGAUCCUGGGUGAGGAGGACACCCUUCGCUCAGAUGCACAGAGAAAAGUGUUCAGGCAGUUCUGCUACCAGGAGGCUGAAGGACCCAGAGAGAUUUGCAGCCAUCUCUACCACCUUUGCCAUCAGUGGCUGAAGCCAGAAAGGCAUACAAAAGCUCAGAUGGUGGACCUGGUGAUCUUGGAGCAGUUCCUGGCUGUCCUUCCACCGGAGAUGGAGAACUGGGUGAGAGAAUGUGGAGCGGAGACCAGUUCCCAGGCGGUGGCCCUGGCCGAAGGAUUCCUCCUGAGUCAGGCAGAGGAGAGGAAGGAGGCAGAGCAGCAGGGAAAGGAUCUAUUUGCAGAAAGGAGCCUGGAUUCCCCUGAGGCAGAGAAGACUCUGUUGGUCACCAGAGAGAGGCCACAGGGUGACACAAUGACACCGGCAAGACCUCCUCAUGGUGGUGAAGGAGAAGCAGUGGCUGUGGAACCAGACCAGGCACCCCUUGAAGUUGGCUUUAGGACAUCAGGAAAGUCUCUCCUCCGCCCAGAAUAG